AUGAGCCAAAGUAAUAGCCCUAACAGCAACAAUAAUAAUCACAAUAAUAGCUCAAAAGAAAUUAAUAACCUAACAUCAAUAAGCUCAUCAAAUAAUAUCAACCAACAAUUUAAUAAUCCACACAAUGAUAAAUUAGUUUUACUAUGUUCGUCGUGUCACAACAAAAUCCCUCAAGAUGUUAAAGAAUUAAAUGAAAAGGUUUUACCUGGUUUUCACGAUCUUAAAUACUCAUUCACCUGCAAAAACUGUUCUUCAUCUAAAACCCCAAUCCUGUUCCAUUUGGGUAAAUCUUGGAAAUGUGUAAUUCAUACCGCCUUAUUUAAUAUGGAAAGACAAAACAACCAAAGAUUCUUUCACCAUUCGGAUGUUACAAACUAUGUAACAAAAUAUCCAAAUGUAUUUUUACAUGAUAAAUCAUUAGCUGAUAUUUCAAAAGCAGUAUCAAUGGCUUUCUUUAAUAAUAAGAACUAUUUUGUAUCUGGUGGUCCAUAUACUGGUAAAUGGGCAAACCCAAAGCCAUCAGAAGUUGGUGAUAUUGACCAAAUGGAAAAUAUAGACUCACCACCAAACAAUGAAAGCUAUUAUAAUGGUAUCGAAGAAGUAGGCGGUCAAAGUAAACAACAACAGCAACAACAACAACAACUAUUAAGCCCAUCUAGAUCAAGAUCAAGAUCAAGAUCUCGUUCUCGUUCAAGAUCACAAUCUGUAUAUAGUGGCGCAAGUGGUAGAUCUCGUUCGAGAUCAAUAAGUGUUUCACCAAAUGGUACAAGAGGUCGUUCAAGAUCAAGAUCAAAUAGUCGUUCAAGAUCUCUAUCAAAUAGCAGUGCCAGUUUAUCGAGAUCAAGAUCAAACUCAUUAAACAAUAGAAAUAAUAAUAAUAAUAAUGAACGUCGUGAUCGUCGUGACCAUCAAAACGACUCACCCUCUCGCUCUCCAUCCCAAUCAAAUAGCGAAUCAGAGUCAAAUAGUGAUUCUGAAUCAUAUUUAGAAAAGAAAUAUCUUGUUUGUUCGACUUGUAAAGAAUUAUUUUCGUUUGAUCCAUCAUUAAGCCGUGUCGCACCCGGUCAGUUCGACAAGAACUAUGAAUAUGUUUGUAAAUUUUGCUCUGAUGAUAACCCACAAUUAAAACACCAUCCAAAAUCAUGGACCAAAAUAAUUCAUACUGCAUUGCACAAUUUAGAAUUAGAAAAAAAAGUAAGAUUCCACCCCAAAAAAGAUAUAUAUCAAUAUAUCGUUCAACAUCCAAAAGAGUUAAUGAUCGAUUCAAAACAAGAGGUUACACCUGCCAUCAUCAACUUCAUUUUAUUAUCGGGUAGAAGUUUAUUUAUCAACUCUUUUAUAAAUCAAAGACUCUGGUGUAAUAGAAAGAAAAGAGAUAAGGUCGAAACAGAUUCUAGAGGUGUUUUAUUAUUGAGUAAGGAAAUUUCAAAGAAACGUUCUCACACUGAUUUCGAAGAUCAAUCUGUACGUGAUCACCAAUCCAACAAUGGUGCCUCCCAUCACCAUGACGGCAAAGAUAUGGGUUCACCAUUAAUUUCAACUUCAAUAUUAAAUUUAAAUCAUCGUGACCAUCGUGAUCAACAUGGUAAUAACUUCCCUGGCUCAUCUUCUCAUCACGGUGGUGGUAAUCACCAUGGAUCAUCACAUCAUGGUGGCAACAAUCAUGGAUCGUCUACACAUAGCAACUAUCACCAACAACAAAAAUCAAAUAAUGAAAUUCUUAAAUCAACCAUUCUUUCAAAUUUAAACAAAAAUGGUGGUGUUGUAAACUCUGGUAAUGUUGCAAUUCAAAAUAUUAAAUUUACCCCACUACUUUGCAAUCAUUGUAAAGGAGUUUUUCCAAAUGCUGCAGCAGAACUUUUAGAAGAUACUCCAGGCAUGAUUAUUCCAAGUCAUAUUGAUAAACGCUACACCUAUAUUUGUGGUAAUUGUAGUGAUAAAAAAGUAGCCACUUUAACCCACCUACCAAAAUCAUGGAAAGUUAUUGUUCAUACUACUCUUUAUAAUCUUGGCAUCAUCAGCGGUCAAAAAUUUUCAUCAAACAAAACACUAUAUUCAUUCAUCUCUGACAACUCAAAUACUUUAUUAUUAGGAGGCAAAACCAUUGACUAUUUAAACAAAAAUUUGAGUGGAGUACUUUCAUCUUACAAAAAUCUAUUCUGUUCCUCUGGUAGAAAUAUGUGGGGAAAUGUUUCACAAUAUCAAGAAGAUGGCAAAAAAAUGAAUAUGGAUGAAGAUGAUGAUAAAAAUUCUGAUGAUGAAUAUUCACACAGAAAGAAAAAAUUAAAAUCAAACAAUAGUAAUAAUAGCAAUAAUAUCAUCAGUAGUACCAAUAAUAACAUAAACAAUCUCAAUAAUAAUAAUGAUAAGAUGAUAAUUGAUGAAACAGAAACCAUUUCAUUGCAUAAUUCCCCAACUGCAGUAACAAGUAAUAUUAUUUUAAAUCAUAGUAAUAACAAUGUAAAUAAUCUUUCAAACAGUAAUAACAUCCCUUCCUCUAAAGUUAUUUUAUUAUCAAAUAAUAGCGGUAAUAAUGGUAAUAUAAAUAACAACAAUAGUAAUAAUAAUGUAAAUAAUUUAUCAUCUAAAAGAAAUGAUGAUCCACCAUUUAAAAAAGAUACUACAAUCUCAACUCAAACUUCAACAUCAACUAUUUCUUCGCCAUAUACACAAACAAAUAGUAACAAUAAUAAUAAUAACAAUAAUAAUAAUAAUAAUAGCAAUGGUAGUAUUAAUAACAUUAGUAAUAAUAAUAAUAGUAAUAAUAAUAUAAGUAAUUUCAAAAAAUCAAACCCCUCUACACACCAACAAACAAAUUUAUCAUCUCCUUUGGCAUUUAAACCCAAUGAUUAUAAAUCUUCUGCCAAUAAACCAUUACCAACAUCAGCUAAUAAAACUCCACAACAAUAUCAUCAGCCUCUAUUCGAUGAAGAUUUGGUCGAUGAUAAUGCUGAAAUUAUUAUCCACGAUGAAAGAAUUCAAUCAUUAGUUGGCUUCUUAAAGGUCAAUGUUUCAAGUGAUUUGAAACUACUAAGAAGAGAAAUUGAAGAUAUGGAAAUACCAGAACUACGCAACUUGGAAUUUAGAUUUAUUUUAAAGAAGACCCCAAUUUCAUUAAAACAAGAACCAAUGUACAGUAUUAAAGACUGUUUAUUCCAAUAUAACAAUAGAAUUACCAUUGAAAUUAGAUCAAUUGUACCAAAUCCACAACAAUCCCAACAAUCAUACUCUACACCAAAUCCAUUUUUAAUGUCUCCACUUAACACACCAAACAAAUUAGCCAACAAUAAUACAAAUAGUGGAAAUAUUUUACAAUCACCACAAUUCUCAAAUAUUCCAGACAUCUCUGCUUUAUCAAAUCACCCAUUAUUAGUCCUCCUAUCACAAUUUGUAAAUCCAUCAAAUACCACCACACCUCUUCAAUCAACACCAUCGCAACAAUCAUCCCAGCAACCAAUUAAUAAAAAAUUACCAAUUACCAAAAUCUCAUCAGAUUUAGAUGAACAAGACGUUCCAAACCCAAAAGAAUCAUUUUCACCACCAACCAAAUCAUCAUUAAAUCAUCACAACCAAAGCUUAAAUGAAAGAGAAAAAGAAAAAGAAAGAGAUAAAGAUGAAGAUAUGGUCGAUGAUUUAAAUAAUGAAGAUUUAAAAUGUAAUGACAAAAACUUUACAAAUCUUUUAACAACUGUUACCUCAACUUCAACCUCGUCAUCGUCAUCAACCCUAUCCAAUAAUGGCACACCAUCCACAACAAAUAAUAAGAGAGAUGAGAGUAAUAAUAGUUUAAAACAUGAAUCAAAUUCCAAUUCACAACCAAUAGGCGCAGCAUUAAACUAA